CGGUAGCUACAAAGAAGAGAAAACUCUUGUAUUAAUGCAGAAACAGAUUGAUACGAUAUUUAAUUUGAAAACACGUAGAGGCCAAUUAGUCGACAUAUCUCUCUCCCUAUCAUAAAGACAAAACGUUCACUUUCCGUAGCCCUAUUCCCAUUUUCCUCAUUUCAUCUUUAACAACCUUUCAUCGCUAUAUAUUCAUUAUUAUGGUCACACACCCCAUUUAUCUCAUAACCUCACUUCUUUGGAAACCAUGGCGUUUCUAACAACCAAUAGCCUUUCUCUCUUCUUCUUCUGCACGGUACUCCUCUCUUUCUCCACCAUCUCCGAGGCGCGGAGGUUUGAAGUCGGAGGUAGCGGCGCGUGGGUUCCAAAUCCGCCGGAAGAUUACGGAUCUUGGGCUGGAAAAAGUCGUUUCCUAGUACACGACACACUUUAUUUUAGCUAUGCUAAGGGAAUGGAUUCGGUGUUAGAGGUGAACAAGGCUGAUUACGACGGAUGUAAUACCAAGAAUCCGAUCAAGAAAGUGGAUGAUGGAGCUUCUGAGAUCUCACUUGAACGUUCUGGUCCGUUUUACUUCAUCAGUGGUAAUGAAGAUAACUGUAAGAAGGGACAGAAAUUAACUGUUGUUGUCUUGUCUGUUAGAGCUCCGGCUCCUCCUCAAGCCCCAGCUCCGGGAGCAAUGCCACCUAAGUCUUCUUCCCAUGUUUCUCCGGCCACUUCUCCGCCAGCGCCUACACCACCUAAAUCUUCCUCCCCUGUUUCUCCGGCGACUUCUCCACCAGCACAUACACCACCUAAAUCUUCUGCUCCUGUGACUUCUCCUCCGGGGGCAAUGCCACCUAAGUCUUCUACCCCUGUUUCUCCGGCGACUUCUCCACCGGCACCUGCACCAAUUAAACCAUAUUUCCCUUUUUCUCCGUCCUCUGCUCCGGUGACUUCUCCACCGGGGGCAAUGGCACCUAAAUCCUCAUCCCCUGUUUCUCCGGCGACUUCUCCGCCGGCACACACACCACCUAAAUCCUCUUCCCCUCUUUCUCCGUCUUCUUCUCCGGUGACUUCUCCGCCCGGUUCAAUGCCACCUAAAUCAUCCUCCCCUGUUUCUCCGGCGACUUCUCCACCGGCACCUAUGCCACCUAAAUCCUCAUCCCCUGUUUCUCCGUCUUCUUCUCCGGUGACUUCUCCGCCGGGCUCAAUGGCUCCCAAAUCUUCCUCCUUUGUUUCUCCGGCGACUUCUCCACCUGCACCUAUGCCACCUAAAUCUUCUACCCCUGUUUCUCCUUCCUCUGCUCCGGUUACUUCUCCGCCGGGCUCAAUGGCACCUAAAUCUUCCUCCCCUGGUUCUCCGGCGACUUCUCCACCAGGUUCAAUGGCACCUAAAUCAUAUUCCCCUGUUUCUCCAUCCUCAUCUCCGAUGACUUCUCCGCCGGGAUCAAUGUCACCUAAAUCCUCUUCCUCUGCUUCUCCGUCAUCUUCUCCGGUAACUUCUCCGCCAGCACCUCCGUCACCUAAAUCAUCUUCUCCGUCCUCUGCUCCAGGUUCUUCACCCCCGGGAUCAAUGUCACCUAAAUCAUAUUCCCCUGUUUCUCCGUCAUCUGCCCCGGUAACUUCUCCGCCAGCACCUAUGGCACCUAAAUCAUCUGCUCCGGGUUCUUCACCGCUGGGAUCAAUGGCGCCAAAAUCUUCUUCCGCCGGAUCCCCAUCUUCAGCUCCGGGAGAAUCUCCUUCCUCUGUUUCUUACUCUCCCUCAGAUUCUCCGUCAGCAUACUCGCCGUCGAUGAUGGGUCCCUCCGGAGAUGCUCCGUCAGGUUCGACGAUGGGUCCCUCCGGAGAUGCUCCGUCAGGUUCAGCGAUGGGACCCUCCGGAGAUGCUCCGUCAGCCUCCGGUGAUAUCACUACGCCGGCGGAAGCUCCAGGUUCUGUUAAGGACUCUGCAAAUGGUAUGGCUGUUGUGUCGGUAACUACAGUUUUAAGUGUGGUUAUAACCAUGUUUAUGUCCGCUUAA